AUGAAAGCCGUUCGAUUUCACGGACGUGGAGAUAUUCGCGUGGACCAACUUGAAGAGCCGCGGUGCGGGAAGGGCGAAGUAAAGAUGAAGCCUGCCUAUGUAGGGAUUUGUGGAAGCGAUUUUCACGAAUAUACUUCUGGGCCUGUUCUGGUUCCUAAGACCGAGCAUCCCAUCACUGGAGAGAAAUCUCCCAUCACUAUGGGUCAUGAGUUUAGCGGCACAGUAGAAGAAGUUGGAGAGGAUGUCAAGCAUGUUGUUCCUGGUCAACGAGCUGUCGUUCGACCCACGAUUUUCGACGAGAAAUGUACAGCCUGCAAGCAAGGAUAUAGGCAUUGCUGUAAGAAUAUUGGAUUUAUUGGGCUAAGUGGUUUUACUAACCAAACGCAAGGGUACGGCGGUGGCAUGGCCCAUCACAUAGUCGCCCCGGCCGAACACUUCUACCCGCUGCCUGACAAUGUCUCCUUCGAAAUGGCAGCACUUAUCGAACCGCUUGCGGUGGCCUGGCAUGCAGUCAAUAUUUCUCCAUUCAAAGAUAACGAUAAUGUGCUGGUCCUGGGAGCUGGGCCGAUUGGAAUCGGAGUGAUCCAAAUCCUCAAGCUGCAUGGUGCAAAGAGGAUUACAGUCGUGGAGAUGAUGGAAAACCGCAAGAAUCUCGCCGAGCACUAUGGUGCUGAUAACAUCUUUGAUCCUCAUGAACUAGACAUCCCGGAAGAGGUGUUGAAGGUGACUGAGGAGAAAGGAGUGGAUGUUAUUUUCGACACAGCAGACGUUGAAAGUGCGCUUAAUGGAAUUAUACCAGCAUGCCGAGUCCAUGGGACAAUCGUUAACAUAGCAGUUUGGGAGACCAGACCGGCUGUCAAGGUAAAUGACCUGACAUACAAGGAAAUUAAUUAUAUGGGUGCUGCUUUGUAUGAUGAGAAGUCGUUCAAGGACGUAAUCCAGGCAUUGAGCAAUCGUCAGCUGAGGCCCGAAAAGAUGAUUACAGCCAAGAUCAAGCUGGGCGAUGCAGUGGAAAAGGGAUUCCAAGAGUUGAUUGAUCAUAGAGAUCGCCAUUGUAAGAUCCUAAUUGAUGCGCAAACAUCCUAG